CGCCUCCGCAGCCGCCAUUAAACAAUAGCUGGGGAAGGCGGAGCGGCGCGCACGGGUGUCCGUCUCCUUUUGGCAAAGCGCUGCGCCGCUCGGGCCAGGCCUGAGGCCGCGGGGAGGGUCGCAUCCGGAGCCGGGGAGAGCGGUCAGCACGACCUGGAGCGAGAGGAGGAGCGAGAUCGGGAGUGAAAGGAGCGGAAAGAGAGAGGCGCGCGUGUGCGUCUGCGCCCAACCUCGCCAAGGACGCAUCUCCGGGGCCCUGCUUCCCUGCCCAGGCGCAGCAAGCAAGGAGGCCGUGCGCCUCGCGAGGUUUUGGGGUUUUUCUUUUUCCUUUUCCUCCCCUUCUUCUUUUCCCCCUCCGGAGCUGCUGCUGCUGCCGCUUGCAGAGGCCGCCGGGCGGAGGAAGGAGCCGCCGGAGCAGCCAGGAGGCGAGGGGAAGAAGGCGCGCGCGCUCCGGGCCUGCUUUGCGGACGCCUUUGGCGCAAGGGGGAGGAAGCGCGCUCCGGAUCCGCCGCCGCCGCAGCCCUGCGCCUCGGAUCGGGGCCUGACAUGAUGUUUCCUCAAAGCCGGCACUCGGGUUCUUCGCACUUGCCCCAGCAAUUGAAGUUCACAACGUCAGAUUCCUGUGACCGGAUUAAGGAUGAGUUCCAGCUGCUGCAAGCUCAGUACCACAGCCUAAAAUUGGAGUGCGACAAGCUCGCCAGCGAGAAGUCGGAGAUGCAGCGCCACUACGUGAUGUACUACGAGAUGUCCUAUGGGCUCAAUAUUGAAAUGCACAAACAGGCCGAAAUUGUCAAGAGGUUAAACGGGAUCUGUGCUCAAGUGUUGCCCUAUCUUUCCCAAGAGCAUCAACAGCAGGUCCUCGGAGCCAUUGAGCGAGCCAAGCAAGUGACGGCGCCGGAACUCAACUCUAUCAUCCGGGUCCGUGGCGUUCCGUACGGGAACUGGGCGCAGCAGCUCCAAGCUCACCAGCUCUCCCAGCUCCAAGCUCUCGCCUUGCCCUUGACCCCACUGCCCGUGGGGCUGCAGCCCCCGUCGCUCCCGGCCGUCAGCGCCAGCAGUGGCCUGCUGUCGCUGUCCGCCCUCGGCUCGCAAGCUCACCUCUCCAAGGAAGACAAGAACGGCCACGACGGUGACACCCACCAGGACGAAGAUGGGGAGAAGUCGGAUUAGACCCGGUUUGGGCGGGGGUGGGGUGGGGAUCCGGGAUCCGGGGGGGCGGUGGCACAAAGGGGGAAAGGUCAGUAAAAGUUGUGGUAUCCACUCUGGCUAGCGCUCGGUGGACCUGUUGGUGUUGUUUGGUGGAGGGCGUGGUGGGGGAGGAGCUUGCCUGCCCCGCCCACCUCUGCAGCAAUAACGUUUUUGGGUCUCUCCCCUUUUGGAAUUCCAGCCCCCCCAUUGCCGGAGCAAUUUUACCCAGAGGCACAAUCCUAAUCGCUCUGCAAGGAAUUGCAGGUGACCGCCACCCUGAUUCAUUUUUAGUUUCUGCACGGGAAUGCUUGCAUCGAAACACUAGCUUCCCUCAACAAACCCCCCUCCCCCCGCCAGCGGCUUGCACUCUGUGUAUGCUCCAGGGCCACCCAUAACCGCUUGCUGUUCCUCGCCUAGCGUGGCAGAAGUCCAAACAGCGGCGUUGGGAGCCUUUGGGGGGCAAUGAGUGACCUGGCUUUGUGCAGAAGGGAGGGGGAGAUCGUCCCAAGCCGCCGGACGAGAGAGGCUGCUUUUUUUGAGUUUUUACAAAGUGGAGAACAACUGGUCUUGGCAGGUAGCAGGGGGGUGGGAAUCAGGCCGUAGGUGGGGAAUCAUCAUGGGGUGGCUAAAUGCUUUGUAGUAGAUCGGGGAAAGUUUCCGAGUCCUGGUUGUCCCAACAGCGAAAAGGAACCCCAAAAAUUUACCCUCUUCACAUCUAGUCAUUUUGAGACCCACCUGGAAGACCUCCCUGUUUUAGGUGACCGAUGGUGCAGUCCUAACUGGGUCUACUCGGAAGCAAAUCUUAUUCAGGAGGGCUUGCUUCCAGGUAAGGGAUUAGGAUUCCAGCUUAACAAAUUGAAUAAACAAGAAGUCCAGGGGGUCACUAGUGCAGCACACACUGUCCCGUCGGGAGCUCUUACGGCACCCACAAAAGGUCUCCGUAAAUAGCCCCCUCAAAAAAUUGUACUGUGCGAUAAACUGUUUGCUCUUCUUGCCCAGUUUGUGCUUCUACGGGUUCGGCUCUGCGGGCAGCCAAUUUUUUACUAUGCCGCACUCCUUUCCGCAACCCUUUCACGCCCCCAGAAUCCAUGCUCAAAAUGGCUUGCGAGCCCUGCGUUAAAUGGCACGGUUCGAAUCCCCGCGAUGGUGUGAGCUCCCGUUACUCGGUGCUAGCUCCUGCCAAUCUAGCAGUUCGAAAGGAUGCCAGGGCAAGUAGAUAGACUUAUAGAGUUGGAAGGGACCACGAGGGCCAUCCAGUCCAACCCCCUGCCAAGCAGGAAACACCAUCAAAGCAUUGUUGACAUAUGGCUGUCAAGCCUCUGCUUAAAGACCUCCAAAGAAGGAGACUCCACCACACUCCUCGGUAGCAAAUAAAUAGGUACCGCUGCGGCGGGAAGGUAAACGGCGUUUCCAUGCGCUCUGGUUUCCAUCACGGUGUCCCGUUGUGCCAUAAGCGGUUUAGUCCUGCUGGCCACAUGACCCGGAAAGCUGUCUACGGACAAAUGCCAGGUCCCUUGGCCUGAAAGCGAGAUGAGCGCUGCAAUCCCAUAGUCGCCUUUGACUGGACCUAACCAUCCAGGUGUCCUUUACCUUUACCAAAGUGUUAGGAAAUGCGGCCUGCAGGGUGCGGCUUGUGGGGUAGAGACAAUCGUUGGCGCUGCUCCCCAAGUUGCAUCAGGCUCUGGUCUCCAAGCCCCCCCCCUUUUGCUGCCGCCCUUGAAGUUCUAGUAAGAAAGCAGAAAAAAUAGCUCCCAUCGGACUCCUGAGCACUAAUAUUUGCCGCACGUGAUGCUCUCCUAACCACCAAACUGGAGAGGAAGUGGCUUGAGGAACGGAGAACUGUGCUUUGAUGUUUUGCUAAACCGGGGGUCAGACCUUGUGGGUGGCCAGACUAUAUUUUUGGGGGGGGGGAUGAAUGAAUUCCUAUGCCCCACAAAUAACCCAGAGAUGCAUUUUAAAUAAAAGGACACAUUCUACUCAUAUAAAAACACCAGGCAGGCCCCACAAAUAACCCAGAGAUGCAUUUUAAAUAAAAGGACACAUUCUACUCAUGUGAAAACACGCUGAUUCCCAGACCGACCGCGGGCCGGAUUGAGAAGGCGAUUGAGCCGUAUCCAGCCCCCAGGCCUUAGUUUGCCUACCCAUGUGCUAAACCUUGAGCGUGCAUCGCUUCUGCUUAACCUGGGAAGGAAGAACCUUCGGGGGCUGGUGGCGGCCCCUGGGACUUCUUCGUUUGGCCCCCUGGAAGUCUCCCCAACCCGCGAUCCUUUGCUGACCCUGUUCCGCCCAAUUCUCGAGCCAGUUUGGCCCGGCUGGAAGGUGCCCUCCGAUAACACUUCCCGCUUGCCUUGAUUGAGAGGGUGGGUGGUGGGUGUCAAAACUAGCCCACUGCCCGCUUGCCCUGUCCAGUUUCGCCUCUGGCCCCGCCCACCAGCAGGUUGCAAUCCCGCCCCCAGAUGGGAAUUGUCCCUCAAGCUGCCAGCAAAGAGAAAAGGUGGGCUGAGCUGAUUCCCGAACGCCGCCUCUGUUGUGUGUGGCACUUCGCAUGCGCCAACAAGCACCUAGGAAGUUUUUUGCCCACCCUAGCGUUUCUUCCCGCGCUCGCCCCGUUGCCCGUCGAGAACCUCCAUUAUCCGCAAGACGUCUCUGGUUCGAAUUUGAUCCAUGCGGCAACUCCCCAUUGUUUAACUUUCCCACCAUUCCUGCGCAUAGCGGCUCCCACAAGCGAUUUCUUUUUCUCUCUCUCAAUGCACAUGUUCUUAAGAUUCCUUCCCUGCUGGUGCAGUUUUAAGUCAAUGAGCACCUUUUUGUCAUUUUUAAUUUUUAAUUUUGCAUGUGUCUUGUUUUUAAGGUAGCACAGAAUCGAAAUUUUUUUAUAUAUAUCUAUAUCUAUAAAUAUAUAAAUAUAUUCAUCCCAUAUUCCUCCUUCCGGGUGACUUUUGACGUGGUGUCGGUUUCCCUUCCCCCAAACACCCCCUUCCUUAUCUGUGACCCACAUUCUUGCAAAUCUAGGUUCUUCCCAGUAUCCCAGCGGCUGACGUCCUUUUCCUUAUUACUUCCACCCCACUCCCCGAAGGUUUGAGUUGUGGGAAAGGGGAGGAGGGUGCUGAGGGGAGAAAAAUAAAAACAAUUCUCAACCCCCUCCUCACUUUUUAAUGUUUUUGUUUUCAACUCCUUGUUGUUGUUUUGAAAAGGAUACUGCAACUUCGUCUUCUCUUUCUGUAAGCUAGCUUGACUCUCUGUCCCCACCCCCCAUUUAAUGAAAGAAAUUUUAAGACAAAAAAGAGAGAAAUUUUCGUGUUUGUAUAUAUUCCUUUAGAGGAAGAGAGGAGAAAAAAGGAAGAAAGGAAAGGAAAAAAAAAAACUUUGUUUGCUUCAUGUGUUUAUUAAUCACUUGACCUAUAUAUUAAGAGGAACUGAGAGAAAUUAAUUCUGUAUUAAGGGUGUCUUAGCUGUGCCUUUUUCAAAUAAAAGAAAUCAGAUGGUUGGAUAAAA